GAACAGCAGACGGCAAGGUUGGCCUGCCUGGUAAUAAUUUGCGAAUAAAACACUUUAGAUAUUUGAAUAAAUACAGGCUGUUGCAUUCCAUUUGCUUGGAUUCAACUGAUAAUGAAAAGUUUAAUAAGACUAAUGACAUGGCCACAUCAACAGAAACUAUUAUCCAGGACACUCGGCUUGCAGAAGACAGCAUCUUGUCGCCAUUGUUCACAACAGCAGACCAUUGAAGCUAGGCAUUUCAAGCAGAAUCCUCUCACCUUCACAGAAGACAAGUUUAAUGGUGUCACUGUGGACUUGGCACAGAUUCCUGUUGAAAAGUCUGAAUAUGAUUUCCAAAAUAUUCUUGAAGAUGCACUGUUAGAAUGGAAAAGCUUAGGCAAAAGAGCUGUGUGGCUGAAGGUACCCAUCCAGCAGGGCAGGUUUAUUCCAGUGGCUGCCAGGAAGGGCUUCACCUUCCACCAUGCAGAGGGUGACAGUGCCAUGUUAACUCUGUGGAUGGAUAACACUACAGAAUCAAGACUGCCAAGAUACGCCACACAUCAAGUUGGGGUAGCAGGGUUUGUUUUGAAUGAGAAAACAGGAGAAGUUGUGGUUGUAAUGGACAAGCACAGAAAACGUCCCUUGUGGAAGUUUCCUGGUGGAUUAUCAGACUUAGGGGAAGAUAUAGAAAAUACAGCAGAAAGAGAAGUUUUUGAAGAAACUGGAAUAAGAGCAAAGUACCAGAGCAUUCUUACCAUGAGACAGCAUCAUGACCACCCUUCAGCCUUUGGGCGCUCUGACAUCUACAUCAUCUGUCGCCUCUCGCCUGAGACAUACGACCUUCACCCCUGCUCUACUGAGAUCUCGGCCUGCCAGUGGAUGCAUGUAAAAGAACUUCUGUCACACGAGGAUACCUCAUCACUCACUAAAACUCUGUGUAAACUGGCUCUUUAUGGACUUGAGGAAGGUUUUGAUAAGGUGGACAUUUCAUCUGAGAUACAUGAGUCUAUAUACCAAGGUUACCAGUUUAAACUGUUUCACAGGCCACUGCCAAAGAAGUGGAGUUGAUGUGGCCUUUCUAAAUGAAGGCUAAAGAUUUUAGAUCAUUUGUUUUUGCUUCUCAUCAAGGCCAGGAUACUUUUUUUGCUCUGAUGUCUUUUAAUAUUUUAUAAAGAUAUAAAAUUUCGUAAGAUGUACAUAUAUAUUUUUUUCCUUCACUUUGUAAAAUAUUAUCUAGUCAGUUUGAAGUUUUAGUCUAUGAAGGCAUUUACUAUUGAACGCUGAUAUAAACGAUGCUUUAAUGAAAGAACAUCUCAUUCAAUUGUGUAUUAGAGCUUUUAAAUUACUGAUUAUGACAAUAACUAUGCGAUAUGCAAAGGGGGAAUGGAAGUAGCAUGAGUGGAAGGUGGGUCUCAUGUCACAGUUUUUUUUUUUUUU